GUCACCCAUGGCCGGUGAUCCAGCUACUACGGUCACUACCACCACCACUUUUAACCCUGAUAUCAAUGAUCAUGACUUGAGUGGAUCGGGUUCAGGAGAAUGUUUCAAACACGGAUUUGAAUUUCUACCCUCACGCAUCGAUCAACCACCGUUUGAUAACCAAUUACACACCACUCCUCACGACUCUGACUUCUCUGCAUUACUAUGGACCGACACGGAAACAGACUUUUUGAGAGAACCCGCUCCCUCCAAUCAUGACCUGGACAAUAUGAUGCUAGACUCGACAGUCUCAGUUACGCUAGCGGCGCCACCAAUGGAGAACAUACUGGGAAAUGAGUCUACCAGUCCAAGCUCAUGCGCCUGUAUGCAACAACAAAUCGACCUACUUAUAAAGUCAAAAACAUUAAACAAUGCACAACCAAAUGACCGCGACUACAACCAGAACAAGAAUGCUGUCGGACAACCACAUUACGAUGGAGUUAGCGACUGUCCGAUUAAAAGUCAGCAUUUGACGAUUGGCGCGUUUCAGAUUCAAGGUGAAGAUCGACUGCUGUUGCUCAAAGCGAUUCUCUUGAGCACAGUGCGGAAGCUCACCUGGAUUCUGACUUCUUUGCAGAAGAUUCUUGAGGAAAAGAUAGAUCGCUUUCCCUCGCCACAGGAGGCGGAUGAUGGUUCAAAUCGUUCUCAGUUGCAUGGUAGUGGCUCUUAUAUACAGCAGAUGUUCCAUGGACUGGCUGGAUCUUUGCAGUCGAUACAGGACUUCCUCAAUAACGCUUAA